CGGGGAUCAACCUCAUAGUUAUACCCGAGCCAAGUAAAGAUACAGAGGAGGCAAAGAAACUGCCACAUGCUGCGAGUAAAGUUUCGCAGCUGCGCAGAGGUGAAAACAUUCGGGUACUUUUCUGACGGCCAUUACCUCCUUCACGUAAGCGACGGCUGUAAAGACCCAACUAGAAUUUACUGUCAUAAUAUGGCAUAUAACACGCCGCAAGAGUUCAUCACCCUGGAGUCUGGUACUGAGAACAACUUUGCUAUUGUGUAUGCCCAGAGGCUCCAAUAUCCUAGUGGCGGCUGCAGUGGGGCUGUGCAAUCAACUCUGUACAAAGAUCGAGGCACUACUUACUUCAGCAAAGUGCGCCUUGAUAUAACAACCAUGAAAAUUCUAAGCAAUGUUUUCACAUUUGCGCAGACGCAGGAGGGUAAAGACAUCUCAUAUGGCAAAGCUGGGGAUUGUUAUUCGUCUUCUAACUCCAGUGAAUGCCGUAAGGGUCAGUUUAAGGUUGAUUUGAGAGGGACGAGACUUCACGUUCGGGACGAUGUGACCUGGAAAGUUUUCGUAUACCCGACUAGUUUGACGAUGCAGGACUACCAGAAGUCGCGUGAUGGUGCAGUGGUGUUUGCCAAGUGUGGAGGUUGGUGUGGUACAUGUGAGCCGUCAGGGGGAUUUAUCAUACUGGAGCCUCUGUGUUCCAUUCCUGCUGGUAGGUAUAAAUCAUGUUUGUCUUAG